UGCCCCGCUUGCAUGCACCCGCACACUGUUUUGUUUGUCUCCUUACAUGCAAGCCAGCAAUGACAUCGCCAUGGGUCUCCAUGCUCCGUCCAAAGCGCUGGAGCUCUGCUAGGACUCGCCUGGUGGACCGUCCAGGGGAGCGGCGUGCAGGCUGCUGGAUGCGAGUCUGACUCGGCGUUUUAUUUUUUUUCUUCUCCCCGGUGACAGCAGAGGCGGUCAGCGGCGCAUCUUCCCACAUCCUUUUCCUCCUCCUCCUUUGCAGGACGCCGAUCAUGGCCCUGGUGACUCUGCAGCGUUCUCCCACCCCCAGUGCAGCAUCCUCGGCCAGCACCACCAACAGCAGUGCGGGGGAGGAUUUUGGAAGUGAUGAUGACCGAAAAAAUAACCAAUGCCUCAGCGAGAGCUUCUUCAUGGUCAAAGGCGCAGCCCUAUUCCUCCAGCAGGGCGGCAGCACAGAGGGACCCAGGACUCCCACCCAUCACAAACAUGCAGGUGACUUACCUCAACACCUGCAGGUCAUGUUUAAGAUCCUGCGCUCUGAAGAUCGCAUUAAGCUGGCUGUGCGGCUGGAGAGCGGCUGGUCGGAGCGGGUUCGAUACAUGGUGGUCAUCUACACAAACGGCCAUCAGGAUACGGAGGAGAACAUCGUCCUGGGAAUGGACUUCACUGACAAAGACAGAAAAAGCUGCUCCAUUGGGAUGGUGCUGCCCUUGUGGAGUGACACCAACAUCCACUUAGAUGGAGACGGAGGCUUCAGUGUGAACACAGCGGGUCGCUCUCAUGUCUUCAAGCCUGUAUCAGUGCAGGCCAUGUGGUCUGCCCUGCAGGUCCUCCACAAGGCAUGCGAGGUGUCACGCCGCUUCAACUACUUCCCGGGAGGCAUCGCUCUCACGUGGAUGGCCUUCUACGAGAGCUGCAUCACAUCAGAGCAGAGCUGCAUCAACGAGUGGAAUGCUAUGACCGACUUGGAGACCACCCGGCCCGAUUCCCCUACCAUGUUUGUAGACCGGCCGACCGAAAGGGAGCGGACUGAGUGCCUCAUUAAAGCAAAGCUACGCAGCAUCAUGAUGUUUCAAGACUUGGAGAACAUCACUUCCAAGGAGAUCCGUACGGAGCUGGAGCAGCACAUGAGUUGUAACCUGACAGAAUACAAGGAGUUCAUCGAUAAUGAGAUGUUGUUGAUACUGGGACAGAUGGACAAGGCCACAGUCAUCUUUGACCAUGUCUAUUUGGGCUCAGAAUGGAACGCUUCCAACCUAGAAGAACUGCGUGAUUGUGGAGUGGGCUACAUUCUAAAUGUGACCAGGGAGAUAGACAACUUCUUCCCGGGGAUGUUCUCCUAUCAUAAUGUCCGCGUGUACGAUGAGGACGGCACGGACCUGCUAGCCCACUGGAACGACACGUACAACUUUAUUGUCAAAGCCAGGAAGAACAGUUCCAAGUGCCUGGUGCACUGUAAGAUGGGUGUAAGCCGCUCCGCUUCGACUGUUAUCGCCUAUGCUAUGAAGGAGUAUGGCUGGCCUCUGGAGAAAGCGUAUAACUUUGUCAAGCAGAAACGAAGCAUCGCUCAGCCGAACGCGGGUUUCAUGAGACAGCUGGCAGAAUAUGAGGGAAUACUGGACGCAAGUAAGCAGCGGCACAACAAGCUGUGGAGACCAGGAAGUGAUGAGGAAGGCUCAGAUGAGCUACAAGCAUCCAGCCAGGGUUCAGGCCAAGAGGGAGAAGAGGAAGCCUGGGGAGGUUGUGGGGCGUCGCCGUGUAGAGGUCUGGAGAUGGAACCCCUCGACUCCCUCAACUACAACUACUACUUCAGACGCCUGUCGGACUCUGCGUUAGACAGCGAGCCCUCGACCCCAGUGCGGGGCCCCCCUCUCCUCGGAAUGGAGAGAGUCUUCAUUGAGAUCGAAGACGUGGAGAGAGACGCCCUCCUGGAGGACGAGGGCUUCCCCAUGGCUCAUCUAACGUUGCCGGGCGAGGGCACGGCCGCUCAGACAUGCGGGCGACUCGACCCCUUGGAGGACAUGAGGCUGAGGCUGGAGUUCAGCACGCUUGAGGAAGAGGACGAAGAAGAAGCCAAGAAGGAGGAGGCCGAGAUGGCCGCCCUGGCUCAAACCCCCGCUCAUUCCGAGGGGAAGCGAUCCGGGGAAGAGAGCCGGUUAGGCCUCGCCAACUUGAACACCAACAACAGCAACCGGCUUGCUGCCAAACGCAGCUGCCCGGCCGCCUUUGAUGACAGUGCCAGCACUGGCAACCCUUUAAAAGUCAAACCCUCCUACCAGUCUUGUAAAGACUGCCUUCGCCUACCACAAGGGCGGCGCUGCGACCGUCCAGCAGGGGGACGUUCCCACCGCCUUAACCCAUCUCGCCACUGCACUCUCCCCACCAUCUGCAUAGACCCUCCUGGAACCAUUUUUACUUCCAGUCCACUUGUCUCCAGUAGCCACCUUUACCGUUGUUCCCCCACCACAGUCCCGUUAGACAACCGUCAGAAAGUGGUGUCGCCCAUGAGCUGUGAAGACCCAACACACGUGUCUAACUCAGUAGAGACUAUGGAUGAAGCUGAGGUGGACGGUCAGACUGGAAAUCCAGCAGAAAUCCAGUGAGGGGACCAAAUGCCAUGUGGAAUUGGAGAAUCUGCCAAAUUGGACCCGGAAGAAUCAGCUGGUGCCUUGACUGAGUAGCCUGAGCUUGGGCGACAGAGUUGACUGUCCUGGCUUUGAAGUGUUGGCCGCCCAAAGCUGCAAAGCUGCAAUCAAGCUGCUUGAAGGACCAAUGAAGCUGGUUAGCAUCCAAUCAGACUUGGACUAAAGACCCUUCUGGAACCUGACUGAGGACCUUUGAGGAUUUUUACAAAGUAGGAUGGAUGGUGAGAUCCCAGGUUUGUGGUCCUUUGAACUGCAAAGAAAUGAUGGCCAUGCGAAGGAAAAUACCUAAAAUUGGUGUUCUGUGCUGUAUACAGUAUUCCACAAUUCAACUCAUAAACAGUACUUACUACUGAAGAAGCUUGAUGAUCGUUUUCAGUCAGAGCGCCAAGACUAUGUCCCGAAAAGAGAAUAUUUCAAAUUAAAAGCAUUGCAUUGUUUACAGGAUUUGAGGCUGUGACCACACUUAUUUGAUACUCUGGUAUUGACAGAUAUUGUACACUGCAAAAACUCAAGUCCAAGCAAGAUGAAAUAUAUGAAAUGAAAGUCAAAAAUACUUAUUUUUCACUACAAAUAUUUUUUUUCUUACCAUGCCCUUAUUAGCACAACACAACGGCAACAGAACCAAUGUUGUAAUAGCGUCAAGGAGCGUAUGAGAAGCUGGAAAGUUGAAAACUCUUUGGUCACGUGUCAUUUAUUAUCAAGUAUGCAGCAAUACAACACAGCAGCAACAGAACCAAUGUUGUAAUAGUGGUAAGGAGCAAACUGCGCAGCCAGCAUUAAUACCGCUGAUGAGUUCAUUGUAAACAACAAUACAGCAACAUGAGUUUCACUCCAUCAGCUGGGUAGCAACAUUUUAAAGUAAACGCAGAGGUACAUAAAGCUGCUGGAUGCUGACCACUUAUGAUAUUUCGAAUGCAACUACUGCCAUCUUGAGGAGUUAAUUAAAAAAAAACCUACAUCACGAGGGUUCGUUGGUGUGUCAUCACCCAGAGCUAAUUAGAGCGCUUUGUAGACGCACCCGGCGACGAUAGGAGACUUUGCGGUUAAUAAACAAAAUAAUAUAGAUAUGUAUCUAUACGAUAUAUGUAUCUCAGAUAUGAGUUUGCAUUUCUUAAGUAAUUGUUCUCCCAUAGUAAGAAAAAUACCAGUUCAGUCAAAAAUGAGCACUUUUGACCUUGAUUUCGCUGACAAUUGUGUUUUUUGCAGUGUACAUGGUGCGUUUUGCAUCACAAAUUUGGUCCUGGUUCACUGGCGUUUUUAUCAUUAGACCAAAAAUAGAAUUAUUAGAUUUUUUUUUUCUAAAAGAGUCAGGAGUUCCCAUGCUUUUGGCAGUUAAUGUGUUGUUCAGUGGACUUUGGCUUUGAACACCCAUGCAUGGCUUCACAGUAUUGCAGCAUUAAAUCUGCCACUUAUUUUAUUCAUAUAGAAACACUCUUGUGCCACUCCAGUCUUUUACAUAAUGAACACUCUUUUUUUUAAAUAGAUAUAUAAUUUGUGCCACCAAUCCAAAGAUGCCGUGCACAUGUUUACUGUUUGGUUGAUCUUGCUGUUUUGGCACGCUGGGUGUGCUGGACAUCUUCACAGGGCAUGCAGAAAAAGAGCGAAUGCGCGUUAUUCAACCACCAUGAGGAUACUGUAUAUUUUUUUUUUGUGGAUGUUGUUUUUCUUUAAUUAGAUCAGUAGCUCAACAAUACUUCCUCUUGUUCUCCAUCCUAACUGGAUCCUUGCGUGGAGCUGCCGGGUUGCUCCGCAAGUUAGAUUUCAAUCAUUAGUUGUUGUUUUUUUUUGCCUUUACCCUCUUUUUAACCUUUUAAUACCGACUGAACAUGAUGUAACUGCAUUCAGCUAAGUUCAUUUUGAGGCGACUCAUACAAAAUUUGGGAAAACAAUCUGCCUUGCUAAUGUAAGAAUGUAAACAAAUGAAUAACAAUAGGUACCGUGAGAUUAAUAUUGUGAUUCCCAUUUACAUGACUGGAUGUGACAUUUGGGUUGGGUUGCCCCCUAUGGGUCGUGGUCAGAAUGCUUUAGAAGACACGCUUGCAAACAUGUAAUACAGAUAUCCUCAAAGUUUUGAUUCAUUAGACAAAUGGGUCAGUGACUAGUGAGUAAUUAGUUGCAAAGUUGCUAAGUAGUGAUGUCCAAUACCACUGAUACUGAGUCAAAUUCAGGCUUGUGUCGGCGAAACCGAUCCCAUACCGAUACUUUGUGCAAACUCACCUGUGUCUGGCAAAUUUGAAAAAGUAGUGUAUUUCAGUCCAGGGUGUACCCCGCCUGUCGCCCGAAGUCAGCUGGGAUAGGCUCCAGCAUACCACCGGUACCCUAAUGAGAAGCGGCAUAGAAAAUGGAUGGACGUAUUUCAUAUCAUAGCAUCAAGAAUACAAGACAUUCGAUUAAUUUAUCAAUGAAAUAAAUUAUUAAUUGAAGUUAUUUAUUUGAAACCCUCAUUACGGUUACGGUUUUUAACAUUAUUCGAGCCCUGUUGACAUGAAAAUAACAACCCCAAGUCACCUUUACACUUCUAUUAUUCAUUGUUUACACAACAUUAGGUAACUCUAAUGCUGCAAGGUCUCGAGACGGGCACUAGCUAGCAAGCUAACAAGCUAGUGAGCUAGCGAGCUAACCAUUUAGCCUGGAAUUGAUUUCUUCUGAACUUUUAAGAAGACAAAAACUUACUGCUUCCACACGGAAUGGGAGGAGAAUUAUGUGUUCAUGCAGUUUCAAGGUAAUGUAAUGUAAGGUUUUGUGUCAUUACUGCCACCUAGUGACCAGAAUACUACAUAUCACUUGUUUUUCAAUAUGUUUUUACUAAUAAUAGACCGUAGUCCAUCACGAAACAGCGAUUAUUUAUUAAUUAGUGUAAUUAAUUUAUGAAAAAAAGAAGGAGCGAUAAUUCGAACUGCGAUAAUGCGAGGGACGACUGUAUAUUGAGGUAGCGGGGUGAUUUACAAUAUAGCUAAUAUACAACAACACAAACAACAGAGGACAAAAUCAUGUAAGAUAUGUGAAAAUUGUAUUUUAAACAUUAAAAAAAGAAAAUAAGUAAAAUAAAAUAAUAAAACCAUUAAAAUAAAUGAUGAAUUAUGAAGAACUACUAUAAGAAUGGAAACUUUAUUCACACAUGGCUCCAUUUACCAUCGGUCAACGUUUCAACAAAUGUUGCAGACAAACAUUACCUUAAAUGACUGACGCAUCAAAAGUAUCGAUAUUUUGAUUUGAGAAUUGAUUUUAGAGCACAAAGAGCAGGUUUUUGAAGUAUUGAUAUUUCAGUAUCGACCCACACUUCGCUUUUGCCAAGGUGUUUGGUUUGAUGGCGGCCAUGUUUUCAACCAAUCUUGCUCAAAUUUUACAGAUAUGUGCUUGUCCGUCCCCUAAAGAUGUGUACGUUGUGUGUGUACAUUUUGUGUUGAUUUGGCUCAACACGCUAAAGUUGCAGCGGGUGUUUCAUAGAUUAAUAACGGCACCACCGUGUGGUGUAUUUGUCAGAAAAAUAAUAACACAGGCAACACAAUAGGAGUGCGUGUUUUGACACAUUUUCACCCUUUUGUGUGCAGCAAUUCUGGAGUAGAAGAGUGUUUUUCACAUACUAUGCUUGUCUAAAUAUAGUAAUAGAACAUUGUCAAUCUCACUUUAGCUUGUCAUUUGUUUACAGCUUACAUUGGCGAGUAAAGAGGUUCACUAUUACGAUAAAAAGGUCCAUAUAUGGGAAUAUCCAGCCCAAUGUCAAACGGUCACAUCUUUACAUCAAUAAAUGAACAUAAACAGAAUAAAUAGGCUAGCUUUGACUAAGCUAACUAGCUAGUCUAUUUUCAUUGAAGCGAAACUACAAAAACUACAAUCGGUUGACAAUACUAUUCAAAAUCUAAGAAAAAUCCUUCUAUUUGUGUUCCCUGUCCACAACACUGUUCACAUCAUGUUUUUAAUACUUUUCUUUUGUAUUUAAGUGCCUUAAUCUCAGCCUUUAGCUAUUAGCGUCAUCAUAGGCUUAGCAAGCAUUAUUUACACCCUUACGUCUGAACACACCUCAGUAUAAAUCAUAACUUGGGACACAUAAUGUAUGCAAACACUUUUGUUGGUCGAUACAAAUAUAUAAAGGAUAUAUACCGUUCUUCAUGGACUUCCAUUUUAUGAAUAUUGUAUGUGUUUGAUGUUGUCGAUGAAGUGUGUGCUCCACUUGUAUGGGGUUCAAGCUGGCUGAAGAACCUUUUUUUUUAUUUAAAGCUGGGAUGAUUUCAAAUGAUUGCACUGUGUAUAUCAGUGUGUACUGAUUUUUCUGGUGGAUAUUAUGAAAGACACUGAAAAGUACUUCUUAUUAAGUUAAGGCUCUUUAACAGCCACUGACAAUCCUACUUAGAAGGCAUAUUCAAAGUCAAAAAUGGGAAUUUACAAAGCACAAGUCUGCUGCAAAGGAUAACCGAACGAGUGGCAUUUAUCAAACGCACCUACCUGGAUGCUCUGGUAUUGUUUUUGAUCACUUUUCACAAUGUUCAUUGUUUACAUUUUGUGUUCAAACGCUGUCCAGUCUGUUUAUUCUGUAAAUAAACCAUUGGAAUCAAACAUUUUUUAAA